AUGCGAGGUUUCUCAGCCGAGUUAACUGCCGUGUGCGACCUGAACGACGGCUCACACAUCCGCUGCCCUGGCGCCGCUUGGAGUGGACCCACUUGGGGCGCUGCGCCGUCUGAACUCUGCGCGCUGGAUGUGCUCCAGUACUAUCACAAUGGAGAAGACUAUCACAAUGGAGAAGACUAUCACAAUGGAGAAGACUAUCACAAUGGAGAAGACUAUCACAAUGGAGAAGACUAUCACAAUGGAGAAGACUAUCACAAUGGAGAAGACUAUCACAAUGGAGAAGACUAUCACAAUGGAGAAGACUAUCACAAUGGAGAAGACUAUCACAAUGGAGAAGACUAUCACAAUGGAGAAGACUAUCACAAUGGAGAAGACUAUCACAAUGGAGAAGACUAUCACAAUGGAGAAGACUAUCACAAUGGAGAAGACUAUCACAAUGGAGAAGACUAUCACAAUGGAGAAGACUAUCACAAUGGAGAAGACUAUCACAAUGGAGAAGACUAUCACAAUGGAGAAGACUAUCACAAUGGAGAAGACUAUCACAAUGGAGAAGACUAUCACAAUGGAGAAGACUAUCACAAUGGAGAAGACUAUCACAAUGGAGAAGACUAUCACAAUGGAGAAGACUAUCACAAUGGAGAAGACUAUCACAAUGGAGAAGACUAUCACAAUGGAGAAGACUAUCACAAUGGAGAAGACUAUCACAAUGGAGAAGACUAUCACAAUGGAGAAGACUAUCACAAUGGAGAAGACUAUCACAAUGGAGAAGACUAUCACAAUGGAGAAGACUAUCACAAUGGAGAAGACUAUCACAAUGGAGAAGACUAUCACAAUGGAGAAGACUAUCACAAUGGAGAAGACUAUCACAAUGGAGAAGACUAUCACAAUGGAGAAGACUAUCACAAUGGAGAAGACUAUCACAAUGGAGAAGACUAUCACAAUGGAGAAGACUAUCACAAUGGAGAAGACUAUCACAAUGGAGAAGACUAUCACAAUGGAGAAGACUAUCACAAUGGAGAAGACUAUCACAAUGGAGAAGACUAUCACAAUGGAGAAGACUAUCACAAUGGAGAAGACUAUCACAAUGGAGAAGACUAUCACAAUGGAGAAGACUAUCACAAUGGAGAAGACUAUCACAAUGGAGAAGACUAUCACAAUGGAGAAGACUAUCACAAUGGAGAAGACUAUCACAAUGGAGAAGACUAUCACAAUGGAGAAGACUAUCACAAUGGAGAAGACUAUCACAAUGGAGAAGACUAUCACAAUGGAGAAGACUAUCACAAUGGAGAAGACUAUCACAAUGGAGAAGACUAUCACAAUGGAGAAGACUAUCACAAUGGAGAAGACUAUCAUAAUGGAGAAGUGUAG